ACACCAUGGCCGAGAUACGCAUGCGCAUCCGACAGACGGCACUGCGCAUCCUUCCUCAUGGACUACGUGGUCCUGCCACCUGAUGACCUGGCGCUGAACGCCCGCGUCUUCCACUGGCCGGAGAACAUCGAGGCCGUGUUCGACCUGUCUCACUCGCGGCUCAGGCACCGGCGCGCCGCCGCCGAAGAGGCCCUCGGCACGCGCCUCGAGUCGUUCGCCGAAAAACUGGACGAGUACAACAAGGCGCUGGAGGCUUUCAAGAAGAAGGACUCGCCCGUACUGAACAUGGAGGAGAUGAAGUCGAACGUCGACACGCUGAACUGGCUGGGCGAGGCGCUGGCCGACGCCAAACAGGAGCUGUUUGACAUAAACGAGGAGGAGCGUCUGCUGGAGUGGGAGAUCUCGCCCUUCCGCUCGUUCGCGCACAUGAUCUCCUUCAAGGACCCGUACGACAAGCUGUGGAGGACCGCUUACGACUUCCACGUCAAGUAUGAACGGCUGGUACAACGGUGA